AUGGACGGGUUCAUGGUCCAGUUCAACAAGAACUUCUACCGACUCAAGCCGGCCAAGACGCUGCUGGACAUCACCGCCGUCGGGCCGGGCCAGACCAGCGAUGUGCUCGUGCCGCUGAGCGCUGACGGCGACGAGGGACCCGUGUCGCCGGCCAUCCACGUGGCGGUGAAGAACAACGUGGACGUGUUCUACUUCCUGGCCGAGUGCCCGCUCAACGUGUUCUUCUCGCCCGACGGCGCGCUCGAGAAGUCGGCCUACCUGGCGGCGUGGAAGGACAUCCCCAACGAGAGCGAGCGAGUUCAGCAGCUGGGGCCGCUGGUGACCGCCGACUCGAACGCCCUCACGGACCUCUUGCAGCGCCACAACAUUUUCCUCAUCGCCAAGCGACGCGUCAACGACAACGAGGUGCUGUACUUGAGCACGCGGGUGGUUCUGCCCUCGAAGGCCCUGACGACGGGCGGCGAGGUGGUGCUCGUGGAGCUCACCCUGGCCGGGGAG